GGCCCUCCGGAGAACGCCCAGGGGCAAUGGCCUCCGAGGUUCUGGCGGCCGGCAGUGGCGACCGGCGCAGGGAAUCGCGCAGGGUUGCGGCUGAGGUCAGACCAGCGAGAGACAGAGACCCGCAGACAUUUAGUCCAGAGACUGUAGCAAAGGAGGGGGACGAGGGGCCAGAGCCGGAAUUUCGGGGGAGGACUUGGGAGCGCGGCGACCAGUCGCUUGCUGGCAUUUGCGAGGGCGAAUGCAGGGGCUUGGCCGAGAUGACCUUGGACCAGAGCUCCCUUCCGGCCUGCAGAGAUGAGCUUGGGGCUUAGCCGAGUAAGGAGUGAGCGGCUUUUCAGCCUCAGUGCUGCGGCAGAGGCGGAUGGAAGAUGAACUGGAGCCGUCCUUACGGCCUCGGACGCAGAUUCAGGGCAGGAUCCUGCUCCUGACCAUCUGCGCUGCCGGCAUUGGUGGGACUUUUCAGUUUGGCUAUAACCUCUCUAUCAUCAAUGCCCCGACCUCGCACAUUCAGGAAUUCACCAAUGAGACGUGGCAGGCGCGUACUGGAGAGCCACUGCCCGAUCACCUAGUCCUACUUAUGUGGUCCCUCAUCGUGUCUCUGUAUCCCCUGGGAGGCCUCUUUGGAGCACUGCUUGCAGGUCCCUUGGCCAUCACGCUGGGAAGGAAGAAGUCCCUCCUGGUGAAUAACAUCUUUGUGGUGUCAGCAGCGAUCCUGUUUGGAUUCAGCCGCAAAGCAGGCUCCUUUGAGAUGAUCAUGCUGGGAAGACUGCUCGUGGGAGUCAAUGCAGGCGUGAGCAUGAACAUCCAGCCCAUGUACCUGGGGGAGAGCGCCCCUAAGGAGCUCCGAGGAGCUGUGGCCAUGAGCUCAGGCAUCUUUACGGCUCUGGGGAUCGUGAUGGGACAGGUGGUCGGACUCAGGGAGCUCCUAGGUGGCCCUCAGGCCUGGCCCCUGCUGCUGGCCAGCUGCCUGGUGCCCGGGGCGCUCCAGCUCGCCUCCCUGCCUCUGCUCCCUGAAAGCCCGCGCUACCUCCUCAUUGACUGUGGAGACACCGAGGCCUGCCUGGCAGCACUACGGCGGCUGCGGGGCUCCGGGGACUUGGCAGGGGAGCUGGAGGAGCUGGAGGAGGAGCGCGCUGCCUGCCAGGGCUGCCGUGCCCGGCGCCCAUGGGAGCUGUUCCAGCAUCGGGCCCUGAGGAGACAGGUGACAAGCCUCGUGGUGCUGGGCAGUGCCAUGGAGCUCUGCGGGAAUGACUCGGUGUACGCCUACGCCUCCUCUGUGUUCCGGAAGGCAGGAGUGCCAGAAGCGAAGAUCCAGUAUGCGAUCAUCGGGACUGGGAGCUGCGAGCUGCUCACGGCGGUUGUUAGUUGUGUGGUAAUCGAGAGGGUGGGUCGGCGCGUGCUGCUCAUCGGUGGGUACAGCCUGAUGACCUGCUGGGGGAGCAUCUUCACUGUGGCCCUGUGCCUGCAGAGCUCCUUCCCCUGGACACUCUACCUGGCCAUGGCCUGCAUCUUUGCCUUCAUCCUCAGCUUUGGCAUUGGCCCUGCCGGAGUGACGGGGAUCCUGGCCACAGAGCUGUUUGACCAGAUGGCCAGGCCUGCUGCCUGCAUGGUCUGCGGGGCGCUCAUGUGGAUCAUGCUCUUCCUGGUCGGCCUGGGAUUUCCCUUCAUCAUGGAGGCCUUGUCCCACUUCCUCUAUGUCCCUUUCCUUGGUGUCUGUGUCUGUGGGGCCAUCUACACUGGCCUGUUCCUUCCUGAGACCAAAGGCAAGACCUUCCAAGAGAUCUCCGAGGAAUUACACAGACUCAGCUUCCCCAGGCGGGCCCAGGGCCCCACGUGGAGAAGCCUGGAGGUUAUCCAGUCAACAGAACUCUAGUCCCAAAGGGGUGGCCAGAGCCAAAGCCAGCUACUGUCCUGUCCUCUGCUUCCUGCCAGGGCCCUGGUCCUCACUCCCUCCUGCAUUCCUCAUUUAAGGAGUGUUUAUUGAGCACUCUUUGUGUGCAGACAUGGCUCCAGGUGCUUAGCAAUCAAUGGUGAGCGUGGUGUUCCAGGCUAAAGGUAAUUAACUGACAGAAAAUCAGUAACAACAUAAUUACAGACUGGUUGUAGCAGCUCAUGACUGUAAUCCCAGCACUUUGGGAGGCCAAGGUGGGAGGAUCAAUUGAGGCCAGAGUUUGAAACCAGCCUAGGUAACAUAGUGAGACCCCCUAUUUCCACAAAAAAAUUUAAAAAUUAGCUGGGCAUGGUGGUAUGUGCUAACAGCUCUAGCUACUCAGGAGGCUGAGGCAGCAGGAUCACUUGAGUCCAAGAGUUCAAGGUAGCAGUAAGCUACGAUCACACCACUGCAUGCCAGACUGGGUGACAGAGGGAGACUUCAUCUCUUUAAAACAUAAUAAUAAUAAUUACAGACUCAGGAAAUGCAGUGAAAGAAAAAUACAGGUUGGCCAGGUGAGGUGGCUGAUGCCUGUAAUCCCAGCACUUUGGGAGGCCAAGAUGGGAAGAUUGCUUUGAGACCAGAAGUUUGAGACCAGCCUGGGCCACAUAGUAAGAUCCUGUUUCUACCAAAAAAAAAAAAAAAAAAAAAAAUUAGCUGGGUGUGGUGGUACAUGCCUGUGGUCCCAGCUACUCAGGAGGCUGAAAUGGGAGGAUCACUUGAGCCUGGGAGGUUGAGGCUGCAGUGAGUCCUAAUUGAGCCACUGCACUCCAGCCUGGACAACAGAAAGAGACCGUGUUUCAAAAAAAAUAAAUACAGGUUGUAGUGGGUAUGGGUAUGCAUACCAGGAGGCCCGACCUCGUCUGAGAGGGGAGUGGUCAGAAAAGAAUUUUCUGAGGAAUUGAUGUUUUUAAUCAACUUUAUUGAGGUAUAAUUUAUACAUAACCAAUUGCAUCCAUUUUAAGUAUAUAUUUGGCGAGUUUUGAGUUCUAAGUAUAGUUUUGGCGAGCGUAUACACUUGGGAAACACCACCGCAAUCAAGAUGGAACCUUUACCCUACCCCAAGGCACCCACAUGCCCGUUUGCUAUCAGUAACCCACCCCAGUCCCAGACCUGGGGAACCACUGACCUGCUUUCUGCCUCAAUUAGUCAGAUUUGCCUUUUUUCAGAAUCUGAAGUCAUUCCGUACUGUAUGUACACAUUUGUGUCUGGCUUGGCUCCAGAUAGAGUUUUUGGGAUUCAUGCAUGUUGUUGCAGGUAUUAGGAGAGACUCCUUUGUAUUGCUGAGUAGUAUUCCCCUCUGUGGUUAGACCAUGAUUUAUUUAUCCAUCUACCUGUUGGUGAACAUUUUAGCUGUUUCUAAUUCUUGGCCAUCAUGAAUAAAACUGCUGUGAAUGUUCCUACAAUAA